UUUUUUUUUUUUCUCACGCCAUCCACAUGUCAUUGGCAAUAAUCUAUUGCACUAUCAGCUCAUUGAGAACAAGCUGUAAAGAGGCCAGUCAGGGUGAUAAAACUCCUCAGAGUAAAGAGAGCUGAUUUUGCCUGUGGGGCCUUAAAGAAAUGUCUAUACAUAGUCUUGAAUGGAAUCUGUGUGGUUAAUUCAGUUUUCAGAGUGUCCUGUUUCACUAUUAAUGCAGCAUUCUCUCUGCAUCGCUGGGGUGCUCGAAGGACAGCGUAUGGUAAAUAUGUAAGACUUAGUGGUAUUUUAACGUCAUGAGUUGAAUAUACAGCUUGAUAUAAAAAGCCUAAGCAUCCUUAUAAAGGUUUGUCAGCCCAAAUAACUUUCACAAAUGAACAUAGUUUUAGAUAUCUAAAAAUGUGGGGAAAAAAGAAACUUGUGUUGUUAAACAGAUCAUAUGAGAUCCUAUUACAUCACUUAAGUCAAACUAGAAGAAGUUUAAUAUUCAUCCUCCAAAUUGUACAUGAGACCCAUGGAUAUUGCUAUAGGCUGCAGGGGCUCCUGUUAGCCUUCUUGUAGGUAACUUGCGUGGCUUAACCAAAUGGUAUCCAUAUCAACAAAACUCAGUGGGUACUUUUAUUUAAAAAUGUUAGUCUAGGUAAAGUGUCCACUGCCAAAGAGAAGAUUACUGACUCUCUACUGUCCUGCAGUCAUUCACAACACCCUGUUGCAAAGAGGAAACACCACAAAAGAUUGUUGUUAAAGAAAAUGGCUGUUCAUGUAAAACUAUGUCUAAUAAUAUUAACCUAAUAUUGAAAGUGAAGUUGGAAGCAAACGAAUUUAUUACAAAAAUAUCCACAAGCGACAGGAAUGACUGCGUCCUUGAGCGGCUGGUAAAGCAAAGCCCAUUCAAGAGUUUAGGGGAGAGUCACAAGGCUUGGACUGCAGAUGGAAUCAGUGUUUUAAGAGCCAUUACAUGAAUACAUUUCAGGAACAUAGGUUCCAAAUAUCCAGAUCGUUUUCCCUCUGAACAUAUCUGUACACAUUUCUGUACUAAAAAUCGAUUAGCAUUAGUUUAGUUUAAAAUAGAACUAAAAUAUUGCUGCUUAUUGUAACAACCGACCGGAUUGUUGAUGUUGCCUUGCAGCAAGAAAGUCCUACGUUUGACUCCUGGUCUGAGCUCUUUCUGCGUGGAAUUUGCAUAUUCUCUCUACCUACCUCUUACAAUCCAAAAACAUGAAUAUUAGAUCAAUUGAUUACUUUCUGUCCAUGUGUUCAAGGUUGUUGGUUCUAUGUCUUUGUUUUAUCCUGUGAAGGCCUGGUAGUGACCUACCAAUGUUGUAUCCCUCUUUGCACCCAAGACCCAGUGGAGAUAGCAGAACCCCAGCAAGGACAGGUAGAUGCAAGCCACAAGGUAUGAAAUUGAAAUGAUUGAAAAGAAAGGGGAAAUGUGAAUUAUUUGCAACCAACAUUAUUAUUACAAAAUCUAUGCAUUGCAUGUAUGUGGGGUAUUUAAAUACAAGAGUCAGGGUCUGAUGUCCUGCAACUUUUAGAUGUGUCACUGGUCCAACACUAGCUAAAAAAAGCACACACUGGUGUGAAGUGAGAUUAGAAUCUAGUGGAUUUGCGUAACAAGGCAAUAGCCAGGCUAGCUAUAAUAAUCAAAAAUAAAUAUAAUAAUGCUUCCGUAUUUAUUUUCAAAUUAUGGUUCUUUAAUCUUUAAAAUCAUUUCUAUAAUGCACAUGCUUUCUCUAUUAUCAUCUCUUCAAGUUUCUGAAGAGGGCCUCAAAAUUGUAUAUUUUGCUUCUCUUUCCUGUGAUUGCAGCAAUCUUCUGAAGUUGCAGCACUUUUAUUUUUGCUUUAGUUUUGUUGAUUGUAGGUUUUUGCUUAAAUUUUUUGUAAAUUCAGCAUUUUUCGUUUGUAGCGUUUUUCUGUUGCAUUUGUUUUUGUGCAUGUGUAUCUUGCAGUUUGCAUCAUUCUUGUGUUUGCAGCGGGUUUGCACCUGUCGGCCACCAUAGUUAAGCAAUUAUUGAUUUUCCCACUGACUAUUGACCAGGGUAUCAAUAAUUUUUGACAUGCAUAAUAAAUAAAACAAUAUUACAAAUGUAUACCCCUCAUACGGUUUUUAUUUUAGUUUUAAAGAUGGCUCAUUCCCUUCCAGAAACAAACUGCUUACAGCUGAAGUAACAAAAUGUCAAUCUAUCAAAUAAAUUUAAAUUAACUAUUUUUAAUAAUAACCUAAUUUAUUAAGGUGUAUCAGUAUGUCUAGCUUUAUCAGUUGAUUCGACUUUAGUCUGACUACAUAAACUCCCCAUGGAAGUUUUUAGUAGUUGAAAAUAUAAAAAAUUUUUUUGGAAAGGAGCCCAGAUGAGUCAGCACUGACAAAACCGCGCUAGUUCCCAGAAUAGACGCAACAUUUCAGUGCAUAAUUCAAAAAGAAAGAAAACCAACUUCAAUAUAUAUUUUUUAUAUAGAUCUGCGGUGAAUAAACUUUAUAACAUCGGACUGUUCGAGAAUAAUGUUUCCACCGUUGGGCUGUUCGUUUAACUAGGCUGUAUCCGCCUCUGUCGUCACCUUCCCCCGCGUGAUUUCACAGCUCAGCCUCACCUGUUGACGCCGACGGUCUGCUCACACCGACUUGUCAGUUCUCAGGAAAGAGGUUCAAACCACGGACGAAACCGAGGCAAGAAAACAGCUAAAACUGCUUCGCAACAAACGGCAGAGACGGAGGAGUCUUCCCUAGCUUACGUUUGAAGUGAAACAGGUCUAAAAGUCGCUUCACUACACGGUUCUCGUCUCUGACGCUCUGUUAUGGACGGAAGAAGCCUCAUCUCCAGUCGCUUAAAUGGGAGCGCGUUUUCCAGGCUUUAGAGAUGCCCCAACAUAACAUGGAAAACUCCAGGAGCCAUUGGCAGCCGAGUCUACAGCAGCCAUGGAUCAGCAGAGUGGCUGCAGGUCAGAUUCCCGCCUCCUCAGGGGCCGAGUCUGACACGGAGAGCAGCAGCACAGAGAGUGAGAAGUCCUUCCUUAAGAAGCCAGAGGUGGGCUCAGCCAGGUUAUUUUCAUCUCCUUCAAUGCUUCAAAACCGCAUUACAGAGAUCAACCAGCAAAAGGAAGAACUGAAGAUUGAGCUGCAGCUGGAGAUCGCCUUGCUGCAAGGAGAGCUGCAGAUGGAGACAAAGCAGCUGCACAGACACUCACAGAAGCUGCUGGCACUGCAACAACAAGCUAGAGAAAGAGACAAGCACAAACACACUGACAGACUAAAGGAGCGAGAGAGGUUGGAGAAGGAGAGACACAGGCUGGAGGAACUGAAGAAGAGUUGUGAGGAAAGAGAGAAACUGAUCCCGAGUCAGCCAGAAAGCCAAAGAGAGAAGUUAACUCUGCAGCUGCAGCAGGAGAAGGAGGGCAUGGAGGCGGCCAUCCGGGCUUUCGAGGACUGGGAGUUUCGUGUUUUGGAACAAGAAAGUGGCAUUGGCGAAGAGGAUGAAGACGGAGAGGAGAAACCGAAUGAGGAAGGAAUAGAGGGGGAGAUGGAGAAGGAAAUCUCCCGCCAGCAACAUGUGGUCAACACAGGGCAGGAACGAGUCCAGCAGUUGGAGAAACAGCUAAAAGAGAUGGAGAAAGAGAAGGAAAGAGAGCUGAAUGCUUUGAGGAAGGAGAAGAGAGAACUAAUCCACGCAACUCAAACGGUUCCCAAAGAGAAGAAGCCACUCACUGAUUGGUCGAACUUCACCACCUCAGCUCCCUGCAUGAUGUCACUCUCUCCUUUGACACCUCACAAGUCUCCACAGGAACUGUCCAAGGAAGCUGUCAGUUUGCCAAGAAGGCGAAGCACACAUCGGAACAACAGACUCUCGGACAGGCCGAUUUCAGUGCAGGGUUUGGUGAGGACUCUUCCAGACUGCCAGACGACAGAGGCUUUCACUUCCCACAUAAGCUCCCACAGACUAAGCAACGGGCACAGACCAGGGAGCAGCAACGGUGGUGGGUUCCUCACUCCGUGCAACAGUGAAGCAAGCUCUCGUGCUGCAAGUCCGUCACUUUUGGAUCUUGUGGAGAUUGAGAGGAAGCUGAGGGAAGCCAAGGCAGAAAGAGAAAGGCUUCUCAGAGAACGAGCAGAGAGGCAGCAGUUGUUGUUGGAAGAAAGAAGCCAGAGGGAGCUAAAUUCCUCCAGAGAAGAACCACUAGAACCAGAAACACAACAAAGACCAGAAGCAAAUGAAUCCGUACAAGUUCUUUCAUCACCAGUUUCAGAGAAGCGCAGCCUGCCCCUUUUCCUUACUCCAAACUUUGACCUUCGGGCCCAUGUAGAGUCACUGGGUCACGGCGUUGCCAGCUGCACAGACCUGCGGCUCACACCUCGUCGGUGUGCCGGCUUUCUCACAAAACGAGGGGGGAGGGUCAAGACAUGGAAGAAGAGAUGGUUCCUGUUUGACACAGACCACAAACGACUGGCCUACUAUACAGACUGCGAUGAAAGAAAGCUAAAGGGAGUCAUGUACUUUCAAGCUAUAGAAGAAGUUUACUACGACCAUCUACGAACGGCUACCUCUUCUCCUCGGCCCAGCCUUACGUUCUGUGUGAAGACAUAUGAUCGCCUGUUCUUUCUGGUGGCUUCCAAUGACGUGUCUAUGCGUAUCUGGAUGGAUGUCAUUGUCACCGCAACUGACGAGCACAGCCGCUAUUGACUUAAAUACGUGACUAUGAAGUGAAGCUACUGAAUGGACUCUACUGUGGUUCUUUUCCCCUUUCCUGUCUGGGCAGUAUAUUUGCUGGAAUAUGUGGAUAUUCGGAUUCAGAAGACCGAAUAUCCACAUGGAGGUGCCGUGGGUCAGACAUGGAGGACAAUGUUACUGAUAGGAUUUCAUCAGCUGCAACUCAGAACACGGAUCUUUAAAGGACUCACUCAUGGUGACUCAUCUGUCUGUUACAGGGAAGAUUUUUUCAUGGAUCUCGAUCUCCCCCUGCUGGUUACAGUCCAGCAUCACAGGAGUAAUGUACACUACACAGCGAUGCCAGAAAUGGGCACAAUAAAACCGCCGGCACUUAUAGGAUGUCAGGGUUAGCUUAGAAUUAAUAUGCCACUACACUGGAGGUGAUCUCUUUGUUAUAUGCACCCCUUGCCUUUGUUUUCAGAUAAAGGAAUGUUAUGGAAGUUUUGAAAAUUAUUUAUUAUAUUGAGGUUUAUAUGGCUUUGGUUUGCAGGUAAAUGAAACUGUACUCUGGUAUCAGGGUGACAUUAAAUGUUUGUUUUUAUAAAAAUGCU